AUGUUCCAUCAGUUAAGCAUCGGGCUCUGUGUGGUGUUUUGCAUCUUAGGCGCAAACAGCCAUGCAAUUUCCGAGCAGAAAAUCAGAUUGAAUAAUAGACCAACAGAAAAGCGUGGAGGAGAACUGUCUCAUAUCGGACGCGAUACACCCGAACAUCAUGAAGAAUAUGCGCAUGCAUAUCCUUCAUACGAGUUCUCGUACAAAGUAGCGGACCCGCAUACCAAGGACUACAAAGGUCAACGUGAGGUCAGGAAUGGUGACGAAGUAAAGGGCGAAUACUGGUUAAGAGAACCCAAGGGCAGAAAGCGCACGGUCAAAUAUCGCGCAGACAAAAACGGUUUCAAAGCUGACGUAGAAUAUUCAGCACCUCACAUACAUGUCUAUCAUAAUGAACUAGACAGAAAACAAGACCGAGACCAAGAUGACAUUCCUGAAAUAUCAAUAAGAAGUCGAAAUGAAGACAACACUGAAGAGAAAAUUGAGGAAUAA